UCAGACGUGUAUCUAAACGGGAAGUUCAUCCCUAAACAGACGCUUGAUCAACAGUGGUAUGAGGGGUCGCUCGAUCGCGCUUUGUUACAGUGUGAUAAUACACUAAUGAAUUCAAAAGAGGAUGUCAUCCGACUUAACGUUCGACUUCGAAAAUCAUCGGCAAUACCCUGUGAUGGAUAGUAUGGCAGGCAUCAUCUCCAUCGAUCAGGAGGGAGAGUGGGACUUAAGCCUGUUCGAUGAGCUGGAGAAACUAGGCGAUGAGGCGAUGGAUGCAGAUGAGCUGCUUGAGGCUCUUGAUAAUGCUGGAUAUGCCAACGGUGUUCCAGAUCUGGACUUUGACAUCAACAUUCCUCCAUGGAGUGAAAUGGAUACAUGCAGCAUUUCCACAGAUGGUGAGGUGAGUGUGGACUCUCUGUCACCUGCCCACACUCUGAGCUCGGUGCCCUCUCCUGCCUCAGUGGAAGCUUUGUCUCCGUGUUCCUUCCAAGAUGAGGCCCUGUCUCCACAAUUGCAGCCGUCUCCUCUUUCAGUCUGCUCAGAGUCCAGUGGCUUUUCUGAAAUCUCUUCCCCACCUAGAAAAGCUGCAAAGAGGACCAAUCAGGUUGUACGAGCCAAGCCAGUUCAGCCGGUCAAGAAACCGAUUCAGAUUGGCCCAAAGGUUUCCAUCCAGCCCAAACCACUGAUUACAGCUGUGCCAUUGGCUCAAGCAGCAGCUCCCAUGCAGGCCAAGACAAUCAUCAUCCAGCCCCUGCAGACCACUGUGCUCCCUGUGGUAAAACCAGCUCCAGUCAACAUCAAACCAGCACCCCCUGCAGGUCACCCUCUUUUGCUGUCUCAGCCAAGCCAGCUACUGCAGAUCCAAACACCACAGGCCAUCUCUGGGAGUGUGGUCACUAUGCCAGCACUCAGCCAGGACUGGUCUGUACCCGUCGCUGCUCCACCAGUGGUUUCAGGCACACUUUUGACCCCAUCCUCAGAGGAUGAUUCCAAGUUGUCCCAGAGACAGCAGCGCAUGAUAAAAAACCGCGAGUCAGCGUCCCUGUCUCGGAAAAAGAAGAAAGAGUAUUUGCUCUCGCUGGAAGCUCGCCUGAAGGUGGCGUUGUCUGAGAACGAGGUGCUCAAGAGCGAGAACGGCAACCUAAAGAAACAGCUGGAGGGCCUUCUGAGCGAGAAUACAGUGCUGAAAACAACAGCACCCAAAAGGAGAGCGGUGUGCCUCAUGGUGGUCGUGGUGUUCCUCGUUCUUAAUGUUGGACCAAUGAGUCUGUUUCAGGGUGGCCCAGGCUCUUCGAUCGAAGUUGCUUCCAUGCAGCACAGUGGCAGACACCUGUUGGGUUUCUCACCAGAGGCGGAAAUUGAACGCCUUAUGGGUCCUGACGCUCUUGGCAGCAGGCCGUCUGAGAUGGGCGACAGAUCUGAAGAUAAAGCCCUGAUGGUGGUAAAGGAUCCCAUCUUUCUCAGACCAUCUCCGCCCUGCCAGCCUUCUGUCAACAGGACCAAGUGCAUUGAGUUGGCCCAUGAGUUGAGGGGUUGGGUCCACCGUCACGAAGUUCAGCAGACCAAAUCGAGACGAGAGAAUAACAGCAACCACAAACCCACCAGGACGAUUCUGAAAACAGGAAAUAAGGAGGAUGAAGGUAGCCAGAUUGUGACGGUUCAAUACACAGAAACUACUGCGGAAAAGAAUCCUGGCAGUGAGCUGCAGGUGUACUACGCCCCUCGUCACACGUACACCGACUUCUUUGAUGAGCUGAACCGCCGCGGCGACACCUUCUAUGUCGUGUCUUUCCGUAGGGAUCAUCUCCUACUUCCUGCCACCAGCCACAAUAAAGGAAGUCCACCCAAGAUGUCUGUCGUGUUGCCAGCCAUGAACAUAAAUGACAGCAUUAUAAGGGACAAAGACUUUGAGGUGAUGAUGCAGAUUGACUGUGUAGUAACAGACACCAGGAUCCUCCACAUCAGAUCUUCCAGCAUCCCGCCUCUGCUCCGGGUGAACCGCUCUGACACGUUUUACCAGAACUCCCCAGCAGAGAACAAGGCUGCGCCUCCUGUCGGCGUGCUAAUGGGGUCUGCGUAAGAUCAUCAGCAACUCCUGCGUUCUUUACACCUCCUCAUUAAAACUCAUAAACGGAAGCACAAGAUAACACCUCAGUUCAUAAUUUUUCUCAUUUUUAUUUGUAUGAAUGUGCUCUGCAGAAAACUAGUCAUUGGAGGUUACAGAGGAAGCUCAAUUUGUCCUCACCGUUCAGCCCCUUUCUGGCUGAUUUCUGGAGCUGGACUGUAAUAGGGUCCAAGCAGCAGCAGACUAGCUCCUUGUGUGGCAACACUGACUUACCCGUGUAACCCCAGAUGCUUUAUGUAAGGGUAAUUGUUUAGCGGCAGGGGGCAGAGCAUUGAACCUUGAGUUACCCCAUCAUAACACAAAUACUUUUACCCCUUACAGCUUACUUUCAGUCGGCUCUUUUUUUCUGCACAAGCUCCAAAGCUCUGUGUGUGUGUGUGUGUGUGUGUGUGUGUGUGUGUGUGUGUGUGUGUGUGUGUGUGUGUGUGUGUGUGUGUUUAAAAAACAUUAAAUACAUUUUAAAAAUGCAUUUUUAUUUAAAAUGACCUGUUUGUAUGUAUCUGAUUGCUACAAAAUGGAGUGCUAUAAUAAUUUCUUUCUGUCUCUGAAUAAAGCAAAUCUGAUCAGUGAUGUAGUCAGACAUGGCAGAUGAGUUAUCUGCAGCAACAGAGGCACAAACUCAGGAAGUUAAGUGAUCUUUGAACCCUAUCUGGCUAAUUGCUGUGUUAUCUGCUGGUUUCUAUUGCUGUUGAUGAAGAUUUUCACUAGUUAAUUUUUUCGGGUUUUCGCUGUGUUUCUAUAUUCAUGGACAGGUUUGGAUACUGUACAUAUUUAUUGGUGUUAUUAUGUAACAGCACACAUCUGUGGUUUAAUCCAAUUCCCUCAUUAAGUAGUCAAGUUUUUUUUUCUUUAGCUUUAGUUAAUUUUUAUUUUGGUGAUUUUUUUUUUAAAAUACUUUUUUUGUUAUUCCUGUUGACUCCAAAAAAACAUGUUUUAUAUAUGAAAUAAUAAAUGGCAGAGAGAAAAUCUAUUUAUGCAUAAAAACGAGGUUCUAUUCAGUUCACUGUGUGGACAUCUUGAAAUUUUAUCCCAGAGCAUAAAAAAGCUUCAUCGUAUCUUACAGAAGCUCGUUUUUGCCACUGAAUUAAAAAACAUUCAACAACUUUCAGUUUUCUGUAUCAAAAUUUCAACUUACUAACUCGAACUUAUGAGACGAUAAAUCCUAAUUGAUAUAAUGGCAAAAAAUGCCUUUUUCAGUCGCAUAAACACUUAAUAGUUACACUAAAAGGUCUGAUGUUUAAUCACUGGUUUCAAAAAACAAGCUGUGAGUACUUCUCCGUCCACACAGCUCCUGCUUUUAUUUACUGUGUUUGAGAACAGUAGCAUUUUUGUGCAGAAUUAUGAUGGUCUAUGAUCUGCUUUGCUAAUUUGAGGGUAAAAUUUGCACUAUUAAUGCAGAACAUUGGAUGCACUGUUCUGGCUUUUAAUUUCUUAUAUUUGUUUUUUUGUCAAGCUAUGAAUAGAGACAGAUCUUAUAUAAUAAAUCACAUAUAAUAAAUAGAUAAAAAUAUGUGAUCAGAAUUAGUAACCCGUUUUGUAUUCCUGUACAUAGCGAUAAAGCGAAGUCCUCUCUGUAUCGCUGUGCAUUUCUUUUUGUUGCAGGAUUGUGCUGUGCUUCUUUUCUUUCUUUCUUUGCCAACAAAGGCCUUUUCUUUGUCAGUAAAUUCCUUUCUGCUUACAGAAAUACAUUUGGGUCACCACAGUGUUUUCGCUGCAUCCCUGCUGUAUAUGGGGGCGAAGGAAAAAGUACAAUAAAAAAAACUUGUUUUAUUUUUUUGUUUAUGUAUGUGCAGAAACCAAAAUAAACA